GGCGACGGUCGCUGAAGAGCACAGGCAUGCUCGCUGGAUGGUGAAAAGGAGAUAAUUCAACACCGAUUUCAAAGCACUUACAUGGGAGUGACAAGAGCUUGAACACCUUUUGGGGAUUGCCUGAGAUAGCGUGAUGGUGUCGGAGACAUCUACGAACAGUGAAUUGACUGUGAGCGUUGCAAUGGACCCGAAUGCCAGCGCCGUCAACCAGAACUGCAGUGUGUACGAGCACACGGAGACGGCCCGGGUCCUGUUCCCCCUCUUCUACAUCCUGGUCUUCCUCUUCAGCGUCUCUGGGAACAGCCUGGUGCUCUACGUGGCCUGGCACAAGCAGCAGAAGUUCAACUCCACGUCGCUGUACCUGGUGAACCUGGCGCUGUCCGAUGCCCUGUUCGCGCUGGCGCUGCCCGGCAGGAUCGCCUACUACGUCCGCGGGUUCGACUGGCCCUUCGGCGACGUGGCCUGCCGGCUCACGGCCAUGGUGUUCUACGCCAACACCUACGCCAGCAUCGCCUUCAUGACCUGCGUCAGCCUGGACCGCUACCUGGCCAUGGUGCACCCGCACCGGCUGCGGUGCGCACGGGAGCCGCGGGUGGUGCGCGGGGUCUGCGCCCUGGCGUGGACGCUGGUGCUGCUGGCCAACGCGCCCCUGCUGUUCCGCAGCAUGCUGGAGAAGGUCGGGGGCAAGUGGGCCUGCAUGGAGUACUUCAGCCUGGAGGGCUCGCCGGCGCUGCUGCGCCUCGUGCUCCUGGCCUGCGCGGUCAGCUACGGCGUCCCGCUGGCGCUAAUCCUGGGCUGCUACACGAGCAUCCGGUGCAAGCUGUCGCGGGCGGCCAGGCAGAACCCCGUGAUGGGCCACUCGGGGCGCGGUCACCGGGCCAACGGCAUCAUCCUGGUGAUCCUGGCGGCGUUCGUGGGGUGCUUCAGCCCCUACCACAUCGCCGUGGCGCAGUUCGCCGCGCGGCAGCUGCUCCGCCCGCCGUCCUGCCGCGAGGUGAAGGCCUUCAAGAUGGCCCUGCAGGUCACCGUCUCCCUGAUGAACCUCAACUGCUGCCUGGACCCCGUCAUCUACUUCUUCGCCAUCAAGACCUACAAGAAGAGGGUGGUGCGCCUGCUCAGGGGCUGCCAGCUCGCGUCCGGGCUGUCCUCCAGCGCCACGGCCGAGCACAGCAGCAGCAACACCUGAGGGGCCAGGGCUGGAGCCCGCAGUCAGACGAAACUGGGAGCCUAAACCAGGGCCUGUGACUGACAUCACAGCCACCACCACCUUCAGAUGAUUCUGAUUGGCUGAUGUCAGUCUCCAUGGAUGCGGGCCUGUGAGGUCAUGCUUCCAGAGGAUCGCAUUACUUAAGAUCGAACUCUGAACAUCAGUACCUGAACAUCACAUUUAUUUCUUUAACAUGCGAAUACUUUUUAUUCUAUUUCACAUUUACAACAAGUACAAGUUACAGAGCAGAUUGAAGCAUUUUACAUUGCCCUUUGCUAUAUGAUAUUCCUGAUAUUGGAACUGUAUGUAUAACAAGUAAAGUUUUAUGUGGAAUCACAGAUGAUGGUUCCAUUCAUAUGUGCCAUCUAGUUAAGAUCUGACUGUAUAAACAUCAACAUACUUUCAUGUCUCAUGGCACAUACGGUAAAUUCAUUAUAACGGUGUUUUUCAAAGCAUGUGUAUAUGUUAAGAAUGUAAU